AUCGCAGACAGGCGGGCCCCGGGAUGCUCCCACUCCAGCCCGUCUCCAGCCACGCCGCCCCCCGCACCAACCCACCCCCACCACACGGAAGGCGGAAAUCCCCCACGCGCAAGCGUUUGCCUUGUUGCUUGGCGUCCGUCUGCCGAAACAAAAGUCGCCGUCCUCCCCCCUCGUCGCUUCAUCACCUCACCUCCGCCGUCGCCUCCCCUCAUCCCUCCACCGGCCCGUUUGACCCUCUCCCUGGCUCGCUCGUUCUCCUCCUCCUCCGUACCCGUCCUAGUAGGUUUAGCGCUCAACAGAACCCCAAUCACCACCCCGGCGCCCCCCGAGAGCAGUUGCCUUGCCGCUUGCUGCGGUUCCAUAUGGUGCCCCCCGCGUCGGCGUGAGGGCUGCGCGCGCUCGUGCUGUUUAUCGGGAGGAGAUAGAUGGGGCCCGCCGUCCGCAGUAGCGUCGUGAUCAGGGCCACUGUGGUAGGGCUCGUGCUGGUUGGCAUCGCCCUGGCCCUGCCGCUGGCCGCGGCGCUGCGGCCGCUCCGGGAGCACGUCGCGUCCAUCGGAGCCGCAGCCUCCGCUGGUUCGUGGGGCGAUGAGCAUGCCUUCUACAAAAGGGAUGAGAACGAUAUAGGCCCAUAUUCAUGGAAUAUUACUGGAACAUAUAAAGGGAGCUGGACUUUUGCUGGUGCCACAAAUGGUUCGUCUAGAUUUCUUGAGUUUGUGGAAUCUAAAGGUGAUUCAGUUUUGGAAUUGUUGAGCACUCCAACAAAGAUAAGCGGGGUGCAUUAUGUUCAGGGUUCAGUUACAUUCCAUGAUGUCAUUGACAAUGCCCACAAUGGUGGAGUGGCUCAAAUAAGGUUAGAAGGAGUUUACAUAUGGCCUUUUAGACAACUUCGCAUGGUAGCAAACAGUGGUGCAGAUGGUGAACCACUCCAGGAAGAGGAUUAUUUCUUGUCAAAUCCAUACCAUUUAUUGCGGAUUUUCUCCUCUCAAGUGUUUCAAGAAUCUUCUGAAGAGAAGAACCGAAGGAAGAAUUCUCUCACAUAUGACAUGGAGAAACAUUGCAACACAGAAAUAGCUGCUAAGGUGGUUCGUGUGUCAUCUAACCCAAAUGAUGGAGAACACGAGAAGUACCGUUUGGAGGGUUUGAUGGAGAGUCCAGCCGUCGAUGAUGAUGGGGAAUGCUUCUCUCCUAUCUUAUUGAAUGCAACUUCUUUGAAUGUUGAAGUUUAUUACAACAAAGCAGUCAACUACACACUGAUGGUCACUUUUAUCUCUUUCCUUCAAGUUUUGCUGCUGAUUAGACAAAUGGAGCAUAGCAACACACAAUCUGGAGCUGCUAAGGUUUCUAUUUUAAUGAUUGGCCAACAAGCUAUCAUGGAUGCAUAUCUCUGUCUACUUCACCUGACUGCUGGGAUAUUGGUUGAGUCACUCUUCAAUGCCUUCGCAACGGCUGCAUUCUUCAAAUUUGUUGUAUUUUCUAUUUUUGAAAUGAGGUACCUUCUCGCCAUAUGGAAAGCAAGUAGGCCUUUAAACAGUGGAGAAGGUUGGGAGAUAAUGAGGCGAGAGCUGUCUGUUCUUUACAGCCGCUUUUAUGGCAUUCUGUUGGGAGGAAUCCUUCUAAUGUAUGAGCUGCACAAUUUCUUACGCCCACUUCUCCUCCUGAUGUACUCCUUUUGGGUACCUCAAAUUGUCACAAAUGUCAUCAGGGAUACAAGAAAACCUCUGCACCCACAAUAUAUUUUAGGCAUGACAGUUACACGGCUUGCUAUUCCAUUGUAUAUAUUUGGUUGCCCUAGUAAUUUCAUGCGUAUCGAGCCCGACAAGAAAUGGUCCAUAGCUGUUACAGUAUUCAUGGGUAUCCAAGCAGCAGUGCUUCUGCUUCAGCACUAUCUUGGUUCUCGCUGCUUUAUUCCUCGCCAGAUACUGCCUGAGAAAUACUGCUACCAUAGGAAGGUAGAGGACAGCACAAAUCAGCCCAUCGAUUGUGUUAUUUGCAUGACUACAAUCGACCUUACCCAAAGAACAAGUGAAUACAUGGUGGCACCUUGCGAGCAUAUAUUUCACUCAGGCUGUUUACAGCGUUGGAUGGACAUUAAGAUGGAGUGCCCUACUUGCCGGCGCUCCCUACCACCAGCUUAGAUGAGGCUUUGUAUCAUAUAUAAUAGUGAACAAGAAGUAGGUAGCUCAGCUUAUACAAGGUGGGGGAACUGAUGUACAAUAAGGUGAGGCUGCAAUCGUGUGAAAGCUAUGAACAGAACUGUAGAAAAGUUUUAUACUAUUGAUUUCAAGAGGUCUUGUGUUGUGCAAACUAGCGUAUCAAGCAUCCCACGAAGAAAUCGUCCUUCCCCGCUCAUGCGGUUAUCACUGUUGCAUGCCUUUGCCUGCUACCAGUAUUUCGGCCCAGCGUUUUGGUCUGAGCUUUGUGCAAAGUUUGUUAACGCCGUGAAAGAGUUCGAGAUGUGCAUUCUUGAUUUGGUGGACACAUUAGUAGCGUGUUUGGUUUGAGGAAUGAGAUCUCUCUCACUCACUUUUUUGUUUGGUUUGUGGAAUGAAAUGAAUUAAUCUAUCACCAUUUCAUUUCUCGUAGACUCAUAAUUAGUAAUAAUAUGAGGAAUGGGUUUAUUCCACUAAA